CCAACAUUGUAUUACAAUAUAAAGUGAGAGAGUUGAGUUUCUGGUGUCUUGAUAGUGAAAAACACACACCUCAGCCAAUGGCUUCUUCACGGUUGUUGUGGGCUUCAAGGGCUGCAUCUUAUCUCAGGAUCUCAGUCUUCCACAGAGGCUUCUCUUCUAUUAUAAAGGAUCUAAGAUAUGCUGAUUCUCAUGAAUGGGUGAAGGUUGAUGGUAAUUCUGCUACAAUUGGUAUAACAGAUCAUGCUCAAGAUCAUCUAGGUGAUGUUGUGUAUGUUGAAUUACCAGAAGUAGGGACCAGUGUAUCACAAGGUGGCAGUUUUGGUGCGGUUGAAAGUGUUAAGGCUACUAGUGAUGUUAAUUCUCCUGUUUCUGGAAAAGUGGUUGAGGUGAAUGAAGAGCUGAGCAACUCCCCUGCUUUGGUUAACUCAAGCCCAUAUGAUAUUGGAUGGAUUAUUAAGGUGGAGAUGAAUGAUGCCAGUGAAUUGAAGAGCUUAAUGGAUGCAGAUCAGUACUCCAAGUUCUGUGAAGAAGAAAAUUCAAAGCACUAAUUGGACCACUCUGGUCAUGUAGAAACAGCUUAUGUUGUGCAUGGGUUGAACUCGUGCCGUCUGGAAAGCUGAAAGUGCAUAUUUUUCUUGAUGUUUUUCAUUCAACUAUGUAUUUCCAUGGCUCUUUUACUUUCUUGCGAUGAAUUUGAUGGAAUAUUUUUCUUUAGACUAAGGAUAAUCAAUUGAGUUUAGCAAAUGAUUUAGUCAUUUGCAGCAAAUUUGAUAUCCAAAAAAUUCUGGAAUGGCUUGGUAAUUGCAGUUUGUACAAUUUUUUCAAGUAUCAUCGUAGAAGAUAUGAAAAUGGAUGUACCCACUCCUUAAUGCUGUUUUGGGACUAA